AUGCCCAGUCCUUCACGGGGCGAGGAGGAGUCGCCCGCCACCGGCGCAGAGCCUCACCUCUCCAACGGGUUCGAUUCUACAAUAGGCAAGGCAGGUCUCGGCAAGACGGGCCGUGUCAUCAACAGACUAGUUUCCGAUAACGAAGCGUUGAAACGCGACAUUCAGAUCGAACGCCUGAAAGCCGAGGAAGCACGACAGGCGGCGCGACUGAUGGAGGACAAGAUGGAGAGGAUAGUGUCUGACUACGAAAGCCGGCUACUAGAAGCAAACGUCACGAAGACCUUACUAGCACGCAAAGAGCGGCAGGUCGAGAGCCUGCAGGCAGCAGUCGAGCUGGAGAGGCAACGAACUACAGAUGCCCAAGGGCGAGAACGCACUUGGCGCGACGAGAUGGAGAAGGCCAGGAUAGACGCAAAAAGGCUCGUCGAGGAGGCCACAAAUCACGCAGCUCUCAUGGAGGGCCGAUACAACGCCAUCAGCAGCCACUGGAGAGAACAAGGCGACGAGGUCAAGCGAUCAGUGACUCGCAUGGGCAAGGAGAUCGCCGAGCUGCUCGAGGACAGGAGGAAGGAUGACGAUAAGAUCACCGUUUUGAGAGACCUGUGUGACCAGCAAGAUGGCAAUAUUAAAGACCUGCGGCAGCAGAAGGACGAGAUUGCUCGGCAGUUCCAGGCUUAUAAGGACGAGCAGGAGAAUCUCCUCCGAGACAUCAAGACGAAGGCGGCGGAGAGGGAGACCCAGCAACAGCGGACAUUGGAGGAGUCGAAGGAAGUGCUGGAUAAACUGCGGUGGGCUCUGAAUGUGAAGCAAAACGUACCCGGGGCCGGCUAG